AUGGCAGAGGUGGCAGAUGCCCGCGUGUUGCGCACCUUCAAUGCCGCCGUUAUCAGUGGUGUGGCAGGAGGGUGUGCGCAGGUAAUGUACGUCUUUCCCUUGAUGUGGCUGCGGACCAUCAUGGAGUACCAAUACAAAAAUGGUGAGGGCACCGUCAAGGUCGCGCGAACUCUGUAUCGCGAAGGUGGAGUUGCUCGGUUUUACCGAGGCUUGAUGCCGGCGCUGAUUCUGGCCCCCACAGCAAGAUUUGGAGAUACCGCGGCGAACGAGCUAGCGCUCUCGAGCCUGGCGAGAGUGGAGAUGCCCUUGGCGCUGAAGACGCUCUGCGCUUCCGUGACUGCGGCCACUUUUCGCGUGGUCAUUCUGCCUUUGGAUGCAUGGAAGGUGAACAAGCAGGUUCACGGCAAGGCCGGUUUGCAGUAUCUCGUGCGCAAGGCGACUGUGAACCCCUUGUCACUUUGGCAUGGUGGCUUGGGUGUGUUGGUUACAGGAGCCUUCGGGCACUACCCGUGGUUCUAUACGAAUAACCUGCUUCGCGAAAUUCUUCCUCCAUUCGAGAUGAGGUACGGGAAGCACGUCCGGCAUGCCUUCAUCGGCUUCACCUCAUCGGUGGUGGCCGAUACAAUCUGUAACCCCAUCCGAGUCUUGAAGGUAAAUCGACAGACGUCACUGAGCCGUAUCAGUUACCUCGAAGCAGCCCAUGGCAUUAUUCAAAAGGAGGGUUUGAUGGGACUCUGGUCCCGUGGCCUUAAGACUCGCAUUUUCGCCAACGGCGUGCAGGGCUCGCUUUUCACUGUGGGCUGGAGAUAUUUCUCCGAAGUGCUCAGCGGCGGGCUGACGACCUAG